GGGGGCGUGGCUUCCGGCGGCCCGCGCCUGUAAGUCGCCGCGGCGGGGUCGAACGCAGGCUGCGGCUGUCAGGCCCUGCUUGCCGACGGCUCCUGGUGCCGGGCGAGGCGGGCGGGCCCCGGAUUCGAGUCCCCGCGUGCCGGCCCGCGGGGCACCAGGGCCGAGCCGGGGGGGCAUGGACGAAGGGAAGAUGGACGAGAAUGAAUGGAAGUAUCACGGCGAGGGCAACAAGAGCCUGGUGGUGGCCCAUGCGCAGCGCUGUGUUGUGCUGCGUUUCCUGAAGUUUCCUCCAAACAGGAAGAAGACCUCGGAAGAGAUAUUUCAGCACCUGCAGAGCAUAGUGGACUUUGGCAAAAAUGUCAUGAAGGAGUUUUUGGGGGAGAGCUAUGUUCACUGUGGGGAAGUUGUUCAGUUGCCUUUAGAGUUUGUGAAACAGCUCUGUAUAAAGAUACAGUCUGAAAGGCCAGAAUCCCGCUGUGACAAGGACUUGGAUACUCUCAGUGGCUAUGCUAUGUGCCUUCCCAAUUUAACCAGACUGCAGACUUACCACUUUGCAGAGCUACGGCCCAUCCUCUGUGUGGAGAUCAAGCCAAAAUGCGGGUUUAUUCCUUUCUCGAGUGAUGUCACGCAUGAGAUGAAACAUAAGGUGUGUCGUUACUGCAUGCACCAGCAUCUCAAGGUAGCAACUGGAAAGUGGAAGCAGAUCAGUAAAUACUGUCCUCUGGAUCUCUACUCGGGAAACAAACAAAGAAUGCACUUUGCACUGAGGAGUUUGCUUCAGGAGACGCAGAACAACCUGAAGAUAUUUAAGAAUGGUGAACUGAUCUACGGCUGCAGCGACGCCCGCAGCCCUGCAGCCGACUGGAGCGAGCUUGCCCACCACCUGAAGCCCUUCUUCUUCCCGUCCAACGGCCUGGCAGCGGGACCACACUGCACGAGGGCCGUGAUCCGGGAGCUGGUGCGCGUCAUAACCAGGGCACUGCUGAGUAGCACAGACAAGGGCCGGGCAGGCGCCCUCAGGCCCGGGCCCCGGGGCCCACGGGUCUGCGAGGCCAGCCCUUUCAGCAGGAGCCUGAACCACCAAGGCAAAAACACCCCAGAGCGCUCGGGGUUACCGAAGGGCUGUCUUCUGUACAAAACCCUCCAGGUGCAGAUGUUGGACCUGCUAGACAUCGAAGGCCUCUACCCUCUGUACAAGCGGGUUGAGCGGUACUUGGAGGAGUUUCCUGAGGAGAGGAAAACUUUACAAAUAGAUGGGCCCUACGAUGAAGCAUUUUACCAGAAGCUGUUUGACCUGUCCACUGAGGAUGAUGGGACGGUGGCCUUCGCGUUAACAAAGGUGCAGCAGUACCGAGUCGCCAUGACUGCCAAGGACUGUUCCAUCAUGAUCGCACUCUCCCCGUGUCUGCAGAAUGCAAGCUCUGAUCAGAGGCCCGUCAUCCGCUCGUCGAGGUCUCAGCUCGCCUUCUCCGUGUCCGUGCUGGACCUCGACCUCAAACCCUACGAGAGCAUCCCUCACCAGUACACACUGGACGGCAAGAUAGUCAGCUUCUACUCAAAGACUGCCCAUCCCAAAGAGGACCCCGUGCUGUCGCCUCGCUUCAAGGACAGCGAAGAUUGCACGUUAGUUCUCCAUAAGGUCUAACAGUCUUCCCUGCCAUGUCUGGAAAACUUGACGCCCGUGAGGGUUGAGCGCUAGAGUUAACCUUCUGUUGUGUUGAGUGACUGGUUUGAAUCUUCCUGCAGUUAGCCUGUGGGCUGCCUCUCGCAGACAUGGAAUUGAAGAGCACUAGAAACAUCUUCCAGGACAAGGAAUGUAGGACGUGAGCCCUGUGUCCCAGGAAGUUGCUCCUGGUCUUAAAUGGAAGUGUCCGUUAAGCCCUGGGAAGACGUUCUGGGUGGGUCCCUCCUCCACCCCGGGCUCACGUCUGUUUCUCCGAUGCAGAAGCCUUAUUGAAGACCCAAGUUUGGAUCUCCUACCACCACACUCCUAACUUAGAAAACUUGAAUUGUCAUGAGCAUUUUUAAGGAAGCAUGGAUACUACUGGAACUUCCCUCACUGAGUCGUGUUGCCUUCUCUGCACAGGUUUUGGGCUCCCUGCUACAGGCCGUGAGCGGGAGUCGCAGACACUGGUUUGGAGUGGUCUGGUCCCUGUGGAGAUGCCGAUGCCAGUGGCGCUGUGCAAGGCCAGCAGGGGGCACGGGACUCAGGGCAGGAUGGAAACCACUCAGCGAGCGUGGACUAGUUAUGCUUCACGAUUCACUCUUCAGCGGGGAGAUGAGGCUUGCUUUCCACCUGAUUGCUGCUGUAGAAGGU